AGUAUCAGUCUUUGAGAAGCAGAUUGCUAAGCUACAAGAAGAAGUUACACGAUUAAAGCUACAGAAGCCAAACAAUGUCGAUUAGCGACAUAAUAGAUGAUACUGAAAAGACGUUGCUCUACACCUCCUUCCCGGUUGAUGUUUUCAAUGGCAUUGUCGGUAUGCUCAGUAGAAUGGCGCCGUUUAAUUAUUAUGCUGGUUGGGCCGUGACCUGCUUUGCUAUUGAGGAUUAGCUCCUGAUAACACUUACGAAACUGAGGCUGAAUUACCGUGACAUGGAUUUGGCAGUGAGGUUUGGGCCAAGACGGUGUUCUCAAAGAAGUCAGCUUAAAUGUAAGGGGUCUUUGCCGAAGUCUUUUGAGGAGUUUGCUUCUGCCCGCAUUGCUAUGGAUGCAACAGAGGUAAUCCAGGACAUUCCCUCGGACAUGAAUUGCCAGUCCCUAUCAUACAGCAGCUAUAAGAGUAGACGCACUGUGAAUGCUGUUACAUGCGUCGCUCCAAAUGGUGCUCUAGUGUUUUCCUCCGAGUUGUAUCCAGGCUCAACAUCUAACUCUGCUAUUGUUGACCACUGUGGUGUGUUGAACCAGCUUCAAGCAGGUGAUUUGAUAAAAGCAGGCAAAGGCUUUAAUAUCUUUGACAAGCUGCCAUCUGGUGUCUCCUUGAACAUUCCCCCAUUCUUAUCAAACAAGGCACAUUUUACGAAGGAAGAGGCAGAGCUGUGCUACAAAAUUGGAAAAGCAAGGAUCCAUGUAGAGAGUGCUAAUGAGAGGAUUAAAAACUAUGACAUACUAAAUCACAUUCCAGCUCAGUAUAGACACUUGUCAACAAAGAUUUUUCAGCUGUGUUGUUGUCUUAUUAACCUUCAGGCACCUUUACUUAAAGAAAUUGCAGAUAAAUAUGAGAUUUAA